UGUCGAGGCCUCAAGGUCCAACAACAGCUCACAGGUAUUCUUGGGCUAUUUUGUGCCUGAUCAAGCCAUCGGCCCAACGCUCAAAACAUUUCACACUGCCUCGACGUCCUCUUCCACCGAGAAUUUGCCGAUCAGAGCAAAGCCCUAAAACGUCCAAUUCCAGUCCUUUCGAGCUAGUUCCCUUUGUUUCAAAUAUAAACGAGGUGCUCCAAUGGUAUGCAGAAAUGAUAAUCAGUGAGACAACGACAAGUAUGUCUCACAAAAAUACUAACAUAUCGGCUACCAUGGCUAAGAUUCAGAUUUCAAGCUUGUCAUUUAAACGAUGGGGUAGAAAACACCCAUUUAUCAGAUAUGGGCUUCCAAUGGUCUCGCUCACGGUGUUUGGGGCCAUUGGUCUUGGUCAUCUCUUACAAGGCAGUAAGGACAUUGCAAAGGUGAAGGAUGAUCAAGAAUGGGAGAUCACUGAGACAAGAAAAGCACUGUCUAGAACAGGACCUAUAGAAGCAUAUAAACCAAGAAAAAUCUCAUUGGAUGAAGAGCUAAAGGCUUUGCAAGAGAAGGUGGACAUAAACAACUAUGAGUACAAGAGAAUUCCUAAACCAAAUGACGGAAAGUGAGGCAAGUUUUUGCUCUCUGCCUGCUGGAUAAUCUCAGCCUUCGUAUUUUCAAUUUUUGAUUUUGGUUAGCAGAACACUACCUAUUUCCUUGAUUCACGGGUGAUCUCCUUUCCCACCCCCGUGGCUGUUGUUCAAAAGUGUAUACUUUUUAUACUUCAAUUUGCGCUUGCGGCUAUAAACGUGAAUUGGGUUGUAAGAUUCUUGAAGCAACAAAAGUUUUACUCA